UUCAGGCACCUCUCUCGCCCGAGAAGUGCGUCUGCGUCUGCGUCUGCGUCUGCGUCAAUGUGAAGUCAUCCAUCCCGACCCAAAUCUACAACAACAAUGAAACCUCUCUAUAAAUACCAAUUCCGACCGCCAAGAACAUGCUCAUCAAAUCAUCCCUCAGUACUUAGAAUCUACAACACUAUAGAACUUAUUGAAUUGACUACACAGAUAGAGUCUUAGACCUUACUCCGAUUCCCGAAGAACAAAGAACACAAUGAGCGACCCGCACAACCCGAACAUCGAGAAACGCACCACCCCGCAGUGGGCAUUAUACCAGCGCGAGAACUUCUGGAAGGCGAAUGAGGGGCAGACCCCGCCGUUCAAUACUGAUCCCACCAAGCUCGAAGAAGAAGCCAAACGCAAACUGAGUCAGGGCGGAUGGUACUACGCCUCCUCGAACGCGGGCCAAUCGACGACGCACCUGGCGAACCGACAAGCCUUCUACCGCCACCGGCUCAUCCCCAACCAGCUGGUGGACACGAACCUGCGCGAUACGUCGACGGAAAUCUUCGGGCACCGCGUGUCCGCGCCGAUCGGCUUCGCGCCGAUCGGCAUCAAUGCCAUCUACCACGCGAGCGCGGAGCGCGCCGUCGCCCGGGUCGCCGGCGAGCUGAAGCUGCCCUACUGUCUCUCGACGGCGGGGAGCACGCCCAUCGAGGCCGUCGGCGCCGCCAACGGGGCCGGCAACCCGCGCUUCUACCAGCUGUACAUGCCGCACGACGACGAACUCACCCUGUCGCUCCUGCGGCGCGCGUGGGCCGCCGGCUUCGACGCCCUGAUCCUCACGACCGACACGUGGCAGCUCGGGUGGCGGCACGACGACGUCGCGAGCUCGAACUACGCGUUCUACCGCGGCAUCGGCGCGGAUCUGGGGCGGACGGACCCCGUGUUCCGGCGGCGGUGUCAGGAGGACGGCAUUGACCCGGACAACGACCAGGUGGCCGCGUCGACCAAGUGGAUCGACUCCGUGUGGCACGGGCGCGCCUGGUCGUGGGAGAAGAUCCCCUGGCUCAUGGCGCGGUGGCGCGAGAUCUCCGGGGGACGGCCGUUCGUGAUCAAGGGGAUCCAGUCCGUGGCCGAUGCCAGGAAGUGUGUUGAGUAUGGGGUCGAUGGGAUCGUGGUGAGUAACCACGCCGGUCGGCAGGUGGACGGCGCCAUUGCGAGUCUGGACGCGCUCGAGAAUAUCGUGGAUGCCGUCGGGGACCGGAUCUAUGUCAUGUUUGACUCCGGGGUGCGCGGCGCCAGUGACGUCGCCAAGGCGCUGGCGCUGGGCGCCCGCUUCGUCUUCGUCGGCCGGCUGUGGGUGUGGGGCCUCAGUAUCAUGGGCGAGGAGGGCGUGCGCCACGUCAUGAAGUCGCUGCUGGCCGACUUCGAUAUCCUCAUGGCCGUCGCGGGGUUCAAUCGCGUGGAGGACUUUGAUCGCUCCGUUCUGGAAUCAUACCCCAAGUCGUACACUUUGAUACCGGAUCGGGUUCUAUAGGCUGUCUGCCAUAGUGUAAGUGGACCCUUCCGCCACGCUGUAUAGAUAGAGCACAUAAUCGUGGUGAGGGCUUCUCGGGAAAAGAUGAAACAAUAGCUCAGAAUUUAAGGUUUUGGUCAGGAAGAAUAACUCUAUUUGUAGAC